AUGGAAGGAUGGGUGAUUGGAAAGACCAAAGUGUUUCUAAAGUAUUACAACGAGGAGUACCUCUCGCGACUGUACGAGACUCAGGUGAAAAAGAUAGUAAAAGUCCAGUGCAUGAUGAGGGCCUUUCUAGCGCGCAAGAACAUAGCAUCGAAGGUCACGAAGAGCGCGAAAAAAGAAGUUGGUAGUUGUUUGAUCAAACGAUCUCUUAUACGAAAAACAGCAUACAGGGGACACACAGUGAGAAAGGAGAUGGGGCCUCUUCUCGGGAAGGAGAAAAUGAGUUCGGAAACGAUGGACAUGAUGAAAUUCUACAGCAGCAAGUGGAGAUCGAAGAGCGUGUUCCAAGUCCUCCUACGUUACCGUGCAGCCCGUUAUCAAGACCUCGUGCAAUUCUCGCAACAAGUGCAUCUGUUCAAUCAAGCGAUAGUAGUGUCUGUCGCGACGACGAAUGAACAAAUAUCUAUAGAUCGAGUAGAUACAAACGUUUCCAAAUUAGCGUACUUAGGCCAGUUGAGACCACCUCAAGUGCACAAGUUACCUUUCAACUUUUACCAAGAGUUGCCUUUUCCCGACACGAAGAGACAAAUGAAAGGUGUUGGAUCCGCGUCGUCAUCAACGUCUGACGACGAGCACGAAGCCUGGGACGCACCAUUACGGAGACAAACAGUGCCUUGGGCCAACAGGAACAGUCGUACCAGAGACGUCGAGGUUCAGACAACGAACUCGCCACAUCGAGUGGCGCAUUCGGGCAUCGAGGGACAGAGUCUGAUCGACACUCCGUUUUCCAGAGACCCGAAUAUCUCGGUCCGAUGUCCACCCGAAGAGACGUCCCGAAGCAGAAUGGGUAACUCUGGAUUUCAACAUCAUUCGACCAACCGUAGCCCUGUACCAUCUGCUAACGUUCAUAAUCCUCGCUCAAAUAACGAUAGUACCGGAUCGAUACGCUCUAGGAAACACGCACCGCCUCCACCUGUUCCGUUCAAUCAGUCACAACCACCCCCGACGCGCAGUACCGACAGUUAUAGCUCGAAUAUUCGAAGUAAAAAUAUAGACGCUGGUAGCCACGAUUGGGAAUACGAUGAUAAAACUAACAGGAGUAGCGGCAAUGCUAAUCGGUUCGAUCUCGCUAAGCCAUGCUGAGAAAAACGAGUCAUCAUCGAGCGUCGAUGAAACGUACACCCGUUUACGAUAGCUAUUCUCAUUCUCCGUCACCACUGCCAAGUACGGGUUAUCGUGGGAAUCGCGAGAACGAAUCAAACGUUGUAUACAGAAGCGGAGGUAGCCGCAGAGACUCUCCCGAAUGGAGUCCCAACGAAAUGGUCAGAAUGUCCGAGAAAUAUGGGAAGGAGGGAGCUUGGGGAGAAGAUCGAAUGGGCACCGGAAGUCGAGGCAACGUAACCUCGGAAAGUGUCACCGAAGAGAUUGCACCGGGAAUCGUCGUCGAGGGUUACGUGGCCGAGUUGUAA